AUGGCCAUUGAGAGGGUCCAACGCCGUGCCCUCCGCAUCAUUUCCCUGGGAGGACGUCGCAGCGUACCCGAUCUGCCCACACUGAAGACGAGGAGGGAGGAGGCAGCCGUGCACCUGUUUGAGCGAAUGCUGCGAGAUGACCACCCCCUAAACGACUUGGUUCCGCCGACUAGGUCUGCAGCAACUGGACUGUCCCAGAGAAACGCUGAGAGGAUCAGUCUGCCUCCAGCUCUAACCAGCGCCACCGGAUGUGGAGGGAACCUGACGGCUCCUUCUGGAGGCCCUGUGACGUCACCUAACUAUCCCGCUAACUAUGGCAACAAUGAGAACUGUGAGUGGUCGAUCACUGUACCAGAAGGAAGCAUCAUUAUCCUCACGUUUGACAGCUUCAACACUGAGUUACAUUCCAGCCGAAUCCGUCUUGUCGGAGGUUCCGGUCCAAACGAGGGGCGUGUGGAAGUCCGGCCGGCCGACAGUUUCAGAUGGGGCACAGUCUGUCACAACGGUUUCGACUUGAAGGAUGCAGAAGUUGUCUGCAGGAUGCUGGGCUAUCCGAAUGCCUAUCGAGUCUAUCUGUUAACUUUGUUAACUGUAGGAACGGGACCGAUCUACAUGGAAGACCUACAGUGUGAUGGGACAGAGAGUAGCCUGUUUGACUGUUCGCACAGGGGUUGGUUGAUUCAUGCCUGCGAUCAUUUUGAUAACGUCGGCGUUGUUUGCGGUACGUGUGUGGAACAUUUGGCAAUUUGUUACCAUUUCAACGUUUGGCAUCCCAACCGAAUCCGUCUUGUCGGAGGUUCCAGUCGGAAAGAAGGACGUGUGGAAGUCCGACCGGCCGACAGUAUGACCUGGGGCACAGUUUGUCACAACCAGUUUGACACAAAGGAUGCAGACGUUGUUUGCAAAAUGCUUGGCUACUCCAGUGCCCAACUAGUUCGUAACGAUGCGUAUUUUGGCCAAGGAAGAGGGCCAAUCUACAUGGAUGACCUGCACUGUACUGGGGACGAGAAUAGCCUGUUCAACUGCUCGUACCCAGGGUGGACGAUUCACGAUCUAAACUGUAACCACGACCAAGCUGCAGGCGUAGAGUGUACAG